AUGUUUAAAAGAUGGAUUUUAGCCCUGGUGUCCCGCAUCGGUCUCAUUGUGCUGGGCCUCUGCUGCUGUCUGGUGCUGUUCUACCUCCUUGCCUGUAAACCUGCUUCUCACAGUAGCCAGAAGUCUCUACUGUGGCCUGGAGGUGCCACUAGUAAGGAGGGAUACAUGGCUUUGUUGCAAGAGAGGGAGGACUCUCACAGACAUUACAUCAACAGCCUGACCAAGCAAAUAGCCCAGCUGAAGGAGGCUCUCCAGGAAAGGACUCAACAACUACAGGAGUCCCUGGAUAAAGCCAGAACAAAAGGGAUUCUGCCUCAGGGUCUGGAGAGUCUGCACAAAACCCAGACACAGUUUGACCUGAAGGAGUUCUUUCGCUCCCAGCUGAACCAGGCAGAGGUGAACUCAGGUGCAACGCUGCCCAGCGAAUAUGCAGUGAUUCCUUUUGACACUUUUACCCUGCAGAGGGUGUACCAGCUGGAGACAGGGCUGACCAGGCACCCUGAGGAGAGGCCCGUGAGGAAGGACCGGAGAAACGAGCUGCUGGGUGCUGUGGAAACAGCUCUGCACAUCCUGAAUGGGCCUCAGCAACACGUGGACAACGCCAGGCGCAAGCACACAUACUCCCCUUCAAACUUUGUAGAGGGGUUGGCUCGUACAGAGAGGGACAGGGGAAGUGUUUACGAGCUGACAUUUAGAGGCGACGGGCUGCAGGACUUUACACAGCUUGUGCUCUUCAGGCCGUUCGGUCCAGUGAUGAAGGUGAACAGCGAUAGCGUGGACACACGCAGCAUGCUCAUCAACAUCAUCGUACCUCUUUCCAAGAGGUCAGACGCAUUCAGACUGUUCAUCAACAACUUCAGAGAAGUGUGCAUCCAGCAGGACGGCAGGGUUCAUCUCACUGUGGUCUACUUUGGCCGAGAUCAAAUAGACCAGGUGAAAUCCAUGCUGGACCAGACAACCAGAGAAACUCGGUUUAGGAGCUUCACCCUGAUCCAGAUGAAUGAAGAGUUCUCUCGUGGGCGAGGCUUAGAUGUGGGCGCCAGGGCUUGGAGACAGAGCCAGAAUGUCCUGCUUUUCUUCUGUGAUGUUGACAUCCACUUCACCGCUGACUUCUUAACUUCCUGUCGUCUUAACACAGAGCCUGGUAAGAAAGUGUACUAUCCAGUGCUCUUCAGCCAGUACAACCCAUCUAUCAUCUACAGUAACCAAUCAGUUCUACCUUCGAUUCAACAACAACUGGUGAUAAGAAAGGAAACUGGAUUCUGGAGAGACUUUGGGUUUGGCAUGACAUGCCAGUACAGGUCUGAUUUCAUCAACAUAGGUGGUUUUGACCGUAACAUCAAAGGCUGGGGGCUGGAGGAUGUGCACCUGUACAGGAAGUACCUUCACAGUAAGCUGAUGGUGAUUCGCGCUCCGUCCCGUGGCCUUUUCCACUUGUGGCAUGAGAAGACCUGUGCAGAUGAGCUUCCUCCAGACAAGUACAAGAUGUGUAUGCAAACCAAAGCCAUGAGUGAAGCCUCGCACGGUCAGCUGGGGGAGCUCUUCUUCAAACGGGAGGCUCAUAUGAACUCCCUGAAGUAGAUGAACAGUGGAACAUAAUGAGCACAAUUGGUCUAGAAAUGGACGAUUGUUAA